UAGUAGAGCCACGUAAUCGAUUAUAAAUUAUAAACCAGCCGCAAGUAAUCUUAUAGGUAUAAAUUAACAAGUAAUUGACAUUGUCGGUGCUAUUUGCGGUUCAGUUUUGUUUUGGAGUUUUGAGGUUUUGGACACUUUUGGUUAAACAAACUAAAAAAAGUUGACAACUACGAUACUUAAAUUGUUUAUAACAGACAGGGUCGACAGGGAAGAGAAAUUUAGUUGUGUGAAUACUGUAAAUUUAGCAAGUGUAACAAAUAAAUACAUAAUAGUUAUGACAGAAUCGAGAUUCUGGUAGCACGUCAAUGACGAACUCGAGUGAUGACAUUGAGAAACAGAAUCAGUCACAACAGCAAAAAGCUUUCUAUGCUUGAUUUAUUGUUAUUGUAAGUAAAGAUAAAAUAAUACAAGUACAAGUAUCAUGCUCAAAAAAGAAGAAAAAAAAAUACGUAAUCGUAAACAAAAAUCGCCCGAGGCAGCUGGUAACAGGCAACCAAAACCGAGCAAAACCAAUAAACACGGCCAACUUCCCCGGGAUAGCGUGUCCACGUCAUCAGAGCGAAACAACUGGCACACGUCCCUCUUUUACAACCUUGUCGUUGUCGUGUCUGUCGCGGCUGUGGCUGUCAUUGCCUACGUGGGUUUCAAGUCGACGAGAGUCAAUACACCUUUCAGCCAUGACAAGCUGGUGGAUUGGAGUAAACUGGACAAGCAGGAGUACUACUGGGGUACUUAUAGACCAGGUCUUUACUUUGGGACAAAGACGAGAGUGCCAUACUCCCUUGUUACUGGGAUGAUGUGGUAUCCACAAGAUAUGUGGCUGCUUGGUUUGGAGCCUAGGAUGAGACAUUGGUGCGAUCAAAACGAUAAUCUGGAAAGGUAUGGAUGGCUCAAGCACGAUGGAAAAAACUUUGGUGUGCAGGAGAUUGUUGAUAAGGGUACGCUCAUUAGAACAUCCUUUAUUAAGAACAUACAUGGUAACAACGGCGGAGACUGGACGGCUCACAUCAACGUUACAGAGAUCAAGCCACUGCCACAGCAGAAGAGGAGAAUAACUCUGCUGUACUAUGCUGCUAUUGAGAAUAGGACCAUGGGGGAGAUAAAGCCUACGAUAGAUCAAGUUAUUGAUGGUAAAUAUUCUGAAAGCAGGCUGGUAAGCAUAGAUGGUCGGACAGAGGAGCUUGGCUUCUUCAAAAUAAACUUUAGUACUCUAAAGGGAAAGGAUGUGCAAUACUCUUAUCUGUCAACUUAUGCUUCGAGCUUGAGUGAACUAACAGAGACUGUACUUCAUGGUUUGAGAUCUGUCAAGGGUAGCAUAAUUUUGCCUGGUGAAGCAAGAAAUCCAGUAAACAACCAAGAAAAUAAUUUGAUCGUCACACAUAUAACAGCAGAUCUACCUUUAGAGCUGGAGGUAAGUUUUGAGCGUGAGAGCCAAAAUAGGAAAGAAAAGAUCACUGGCGACAAUUUUAAUAAGAUGCUGGAAACCCAUGAAAAGGAAUUUGAUGAUAAAUUUGAAAGGAUCUUUAAGUUGAAAGAAAAGGGCUUUAGUAAUGCGCGAAUCAAGUUUGCUAAGCUGGCUUUUUCUAAUAUGAUAGGCUCCGUAGGCUACUUCUAUGGGUCACCUCAAGUACAGAGUGAGCACACCCAAAAACCUGUGCCUUACUGGAAAGCUCCUCUUUUCACGGGUGUGCCAAGUAGAAGCUUUUUUCCACGUGGUUUCUUAUGGGAUGAGGGCUUUCAUGGUAUGCUGCUCUCACACUGGAAUCUCGAUCUAGAAAUGGACAUUAUCAGUCACUGGUUUGACUUGAUGAAUGUCGAAGGCUGGAUACCUAGAGAGAUGAUUCUUGGCGAUGAGGCGCUAGCUAAAGUUCCUGAAGAAUUUGUUGUCCAGUUCAAUGCUAAUGCUAAUCCUCCAACUUUCCUCAUGACAUUAAAUUAUAUUUUGGAGCACAGACGAGAAGAAUUUCAGACACGACACUUGGACUUGCUGGAAAAGCUAUAUCCAAGAUUGCAGGCUUGGUAUGAUUGGUAUAAUACUACACAGAAAGGCGAACAGCCCAGUUCCUACAGAUGGCGCGGAAGAAAUCCCAACACUAACAAAGAGCUCAACCCCAAGACCCUAACGUCAGGCUUGGAUGACUACCCAAGAGCCUCUCAUCCAAGCAAAGACGAGCGACACGUUGAUCUGCGCUGUUGGAUGGCUAUGGCAUCUAAAGUCAUGGCCACCGUAUCUGACAUCCUUCAAAAACCUUCUCAAAAGUACAUGGACACUUAUGAGUACUUAGCUGAUAACAGGUUGCUCAACGAAUUGCAUUGGUCGUCAAGAGCUGAGCGUUACUCGGACUUCGGCUUACACACUGACAAGAUCCAGAUGAAAAAGAUUAAAAAAAUAAACCGGAACAACCAAGAAACUUUUGAGACAAUACGCGAGCAAUUGGAGGAUCCUAAAGAACAAUUUGUCGACUCUAACUUUGGCUACGUUUCGCUUUUCCCUUUUAUUUUACGUCUAGUAGAGCCCGAUUCGCCUCAGCUGCAGAAAAUCCUCCAGGAUCUCAAGAAUCCAGAUCUACUGUGGACAGACAUGGGUCUGAGGUCACUGGCAAAGUCUUCACCGAUCUAUAAUAAAUAUAACACGGAACACGAUCCACCAUACUGGCGUGGACCUAUUUGGAUCAACAUGAAUUAUCUGACUGUAGCAGCACUGCAUCAUUAUUCAAUGGUUGAUGGGCCAUACCAGGCCAAAGCUAGGAUGAUUUAUUCACAGUUGAGAAAGAACUUGAUUGAUAACAUUUUUAAACAAUAUAAAAGAACAGGGUAUAUUUGGGAAAAUUAUGGAGAUAAUGAAGGGGAGGGUAAAGGCAGCCAUCCUUUUACUGGAUGGAGUUCCUUGGUUGUUUUGAUAAUGGCUGAGUUGUACUGAGAUUAAUUUAUUUCAAAUAAUUUUAAUCUUACAACACAUAUAAAAUGCAAAAAAGUACAGGAGAUUUGAAUGAUGCUCUUGUAACAAAUUUGAGUUAAGACUUUAUAAUUGCAUUUAUGUAGUUUGUUUAUUGAAUUUUCAUAAACUUAAAUAUUCAAUUUUUUUAAAGAAAUAAAAUCUUACUCAUAGAUUGAAUAUCUUGUUUGUAAUUAAUUGUACAUACAAUUACUGUGAUUAUGUACGGUAUGAACCAUAGUUUUAAUUUAAUGAAAAGUUACUCUUGAUACUAAUACAUGAUAAAAUUUUCAUUACAAUUUACUGUUGACACUGGUGCUCUUCAAGGAGAUACAAAACUUUUUCCUAUGGAAAAUAGAUUAUGCUUAAUGCAGAUAAGUCUUGCUUAAAUUUUAUAAAUAUUUACUAGUGAAAUUACUCUUUUUGUAAUUUUAAAACAUGUGAUUCAACUUCUUGAAACCAUUCCUAUCUUUAGUGCAAUACUUGAUAAUUAUUUGUAAGUGUUAUGUUACAUCAAGCAUGGGUGUAUAACAUCAAAAAAAAUUAUACAUCAUGUCUAAACUAGACAAAUGUCCAGAAAC